AUGGGCGGCUUGGGAGGCGCGGCAGCACUGCUGGGCGUGGAGGUGUGCGCACCGCUGCUGCUGCUGUGCUGGCUUUGCUGCUGGCCGGACGACACUAACUCAGACACAAGCUCUGAGAAGCAUCCAAAGAGACCGGUCAUUACAACUGAGUCGGGGCGCCACUCGGGCGAGCUGCUCGGCCGCCGCUUUGGCAGCAGCGCCGUCUCCCUGCACAUCCCCCCCACACCGGGUUUCAAAAAGCAACCUCUGUCUGCCCACCGGAGCCACGAGGAGAUCCGAAGCCGGCGCAAGUCUCACCACGAAACGGGCGAUGACCCGGCGCGCCACCACUCCGCGCCCAGCGUCAUCGACGAGGUCCUGCACCGGCGCGACUGGGAGCGCUCCAACAGGGACCUUUACAUCCCGCUCAAACCAGAGGUCGAGGUCUUGACGCCCCACACCAGCCCCAACAUAGAUCAGAUUGCAGGUGUCGACAAGCAUGACCACACAAUUGACGAACAGGUUGUCACCAGACCUUGUAAGAAGCACUACACAAAUAUAAAGAGCUCUCGCAAUAAGAAACCUGAAACCGCUGUAACAUCAUACAAGGAACUGACCGCGGAAGACAUAAAAGACGAGGACGUGACGGAGCAAACCUCCAGCAUGUCAAACUUUUACAUCGGCGAUGCGUCCUGUAUGCUCAAUAAAGAGAACAUAGAAUUGAAAGUUUGGAAUGUAGAGGAGAAGAGGGUGAAAGCCAAAGACGUGAAACAGAGCGUGAACGAGUCCAUCAAAUACCGGGAGAGGCCGCGGAACAUCCUGUGUCCCCUGGCCGAGCUGCAGGUGUCAGGAGAGGAGAUGGAUCGCUCGGGGGCGGUACACCACUUCGACUCCAGGGCCAGCUACUGCGACACGCCAGAAUUGCCAUACUCGCCGCCCGCAGCAGAGCCAGUCCGCGUGUUGGAGGGCACGUGUCUGCGGGGCGGUGGCGGCGCGGGCUCGAGCUCGCGGUGUGUGGUGCGCGCGCGUCACGCCAGCGCAGGGGACGUACUCGCGCCGCUCAUGCGUCCACACUCCGCCGCACUCUCCGAGAGCGACUUGGACUACGAGCUGGAGGGAUGCGACGAGCCGCCGCCAGCCUACGACGAGCUGCAAGUGCUUGCCAUCGCACAGCGCAAGGAGACCGCGAUAUAAUGGUGCAUAAUGACACGCUGUUAUACGCGAAUGCCUCACUGUAAGGGUGGUCUGAAUCACCCCUUCAUAUAAAUAAUAUCAUCUCAGCUUUUUCAUAGAGUAUGAAUGGGAUGACAAUAUGUCUUCAUACAAGAGGAUUGAUGAUUAAACAGUACAUACAGCAAAAUUGAUGUAGAUACUUCUCAGUGUGUAGACAUCGAAGUAACAAGAG